CACACACUGUGGAGUCAGAGAGCACCAGUCGAAGCCAGUCGAAAGAGAAGAGCUUUUAUGUGUUGUAGAUCAGUGUCUCAGCAUUCAACAGCAGAUUCAUCCCAGGAGGAGGAAACUGAGUUUGUAGGAAGUUAAUCCUGAGAUAAAGGCAGCGCACUCAAAGGAAAAGAAUACUUCUGUUGAAAGAUCACCAUGAGAGUUCCUGUACCUGGCUGGCUUGCCUUAAUGCUCGUUCUCUUGACCAUACAGCUGGAAGAUGUGGUAGAGGCAUGCAGCUGUGCUCCAGCGCACCCACAGCAGGCGUUCUGCUACUCUGAUAUAGUGAUUCGGGCAAAGGUCUCAGGUGAAAAGAUUGUAUCUCCAGACUCUCAUCCUCACUUAAAGAUGAUUCAAUAUGAAGUGAAACUGAUAAAGAUGUUCAAAGGCUUCGAAAAAGUGAAGGACAUCCAGUAUGUAUACACUCCUGUUUUCUCUUCCCUCUGUGGCGUGAAGCUGGAUGCCAGCAACAAAGUUCAAUACCUUCUGUCAGGCAGAAUGGGGAGUGAUGGAAAAGUUUCUAUUGGUCUUUGUGAUUUCAUUGAGCCCUGGGAUAACCUUUCAAUGUCCCAAAAGAAAAACCUCAAUCAAAGAUACGAAAUGGGCUGCGACUGCAGAAUUUCUAGUUGCUAUAGCCUACCAUGCUCCACAACUGCAGAAAAUGAGUGUCUCUGGACAGACUGGCUGACAGAUAAAAGUCUGAAUGGAGAACAGGCCAAAGAGUAUGCCUGCAUCAAGCGAAGCGAUGGCUCCUGUAGCUGGUACAGGGGGGGACCUCCCCCAGAAAAAGAGUUCAUGGACAUUUCAGACCCCUAAGAAGGACUCACUGUAAAGGGGAAAGGUACAGAGGCAAUGCUCUUAGACAAGCUGCAUAACUGCUCCAUCUCUAGGUCCUUCAACCUGGAAUGCCUGCAGCUCAGUGCACUCUUCUGAUUCUGUCUGAAGCUCAGUUGCCUAUGUUUCAACAUGUGUGAAUGUAUAAGAUUGCUGACAAGAAGCUAUUUCCAGACUUUUUAAUGCAGUAUUUGCUCAAACGCAUCUGUUUAAGGACUUGAUUACGUCAGGAUUCUUUAUUUUUCUUUAAAGCAAACAUAUAUGCCCACAUUACCACAGGGCACACAUCUUCAUCCUCUCUUUCAUAACCAUGCUAUGUAAAUCGCACAGUCCCGACUAGUGCAUGGCAAGUGUGUUCCUAUUCAUAUGUUAGAAAAACCAAUAUAGAGUGGAAUGUAUUAACUUGGAUGUGAGAAAUGACUUCUUGUUUUAGAUUUCAGGUUAGCAUUUUUUGUUCGCUAGUAAGUAAUUUUGAUCACUGUUAAUUUCCUAAUGUACUUCCUAAUAAUUUGUUUCUAGUUGUCAAAAAGGAUCUGCUUAGGUCUAUAGCAGAGACAUAAACCAGUAUAAAAGCAAUAAUAAUAAUUGUUAUUCUAGAAUAGAUGCUGUCUGAUUCUGGAUCUUGCAAUCCAUUGCAGUACAGUACUUUAGGGCAAUUAGCUGCUUAAUUGUGUAACUGAAAAAAUAGUCAUGUAAUUAAGCAAUUAACAAGCUGGAUGCACUAAAAUUCUGCAAAUGAAUGGAUUAGGAGGACAAGGUUAUGACAAGUUGCACACCACUUCUGGUGUUUUGAUAUUUACAUGAUUUUCAGACCAAGUAGAUUCAAGAAAACCAACAAUCAAGAUGUUUAUAUCUCUUUUUAUAUCCUGUCUUAUGCAUGUACUGAUGCUUAAUUCACAUUAUUGGAAUGUCUAGUUUUUAUGUGAUGGUGUCAAACUCAAUUUUUGAAGGACAUAGUGUCAAUUCCUAAUGUCUUCCUGAUAUUGUUCCACCCAAGCUCCCAGUUACGUGAUAUCGUUGAUCAUGUUAUUUAAUUAAGGUAGCUGUAUAGGUAGCUGUACCUUUAAUAAAGUGAAUAUUUUGCUUAAUCAAGUGUAGAAAGCCUUAAGAAAAAACUUAUUCUGUAUUCUGUAUAUUCUUAGGAAAUAAUUUGAUUAAUUGUUUAAUUGACUACUCAGGAUGAAAAAAAACAACAAGAUAAUGUCAGGCCCUUCAAGAACUGGGCUUAAAAACCCCUGCUUUUCAUAAAAAGAUUGUUAUCUUACACACAAUUUCUCCUUGAUUUUAUUUAAUGUUAAGUAUUUGUUUUAACACAUUUCUUCAUGAUCUUGGGUGUGUGCUGUAAGGAAAUUGAGUAUUUUACUACCAAGUCACAAGAUUAACAAAAGAAUGGAUCAGAAAUUUAGCAUACAAAUGCUUUUUGGCUCUUAUGCUAUACAAUGGUUUAAUGUGCUCUUUUUGCCCAGAAUGUUCUGUAUACAUUAUGAGAAUGUAUAUAUUUGUGUUAUUAACAAUGUAAACACUCACAGCUUAAAAUAUAAAAGUUGGCAGAUAGAAAUUGUAUAGUUUAAACACAUGAUUUAUUUUUCAAUUUUAUUCUGUCUUUUAACAAAUGUUCCAUAAAUACUUUGUAACGCUGAAAUGAAAACAAAUUUCAUUUUCCAAAAAUCUAAUACAUCCCUUUGUAAUGUAAUUAUUACCUAAUGGUGUCAGAAAUAACCAUAGUUAAUGUAUCUGUGGCACAUUGUUUUAAACAAAUGAAUGUUUGUAUGCAUAUUUAUGUUUUUUCACCUUUCAAUAUGUUAGUGGACUGUUCUACCAUAUCAUACCAAAAAGAUUGUUUAUAAAAAUCUUGCAAUAGAGUACCUCAUGAAUUAAUUCAUCCAUCUUAUUUGUCUUACCAAUAUAACCAGCAAGGUUAUUUGUUGUCAGUAUAAAUGUGUCAGUCGCUUGA